AAUGUUUACUUUCAGUCAAGAACGUAGCUGGCGCAAUAACUUCAAGUGUUUCAUCAUCAGUUUCAAGAUGGCAGCGCCCAUGGAGCACACGAGCAGUACAGCCUCUGAGAAGAAACCGAGUAAGAAAAGGCCUUGUAGAGCAUGUACCGACUUCAGAAGCUUUGCUCAAGAUAAGGGAGUGAUGUUGCCGCCAGGUUUCCCCGUUCCAAAUGGGUCAAACUCACAGGGGGCCACACCAGCCCAAGAUGAAAAACCAGACCGCGAAUGUCCGCUUGACCGAGAGGAGCUUGGUCGUAAUACCUGGUCAUUCUUACACACCACGGCGGCUUACUAUCCUGACCAACCAACCCAGACACAGCAGUCAGAAAUGAGCCAGUUUAUCCAUCUCUUUUCUAAGUUCUACCCAUGUGAGGACUGUUCAGAGGAUCUCAGGGAAAAAUUAAAGACAAACCAUCCAGACACCACUUCAAGGAGCAACCUCUCACAAUGGUUCUGCAGACUUCACAACGAUGUCAGUAGGAGGUUAAGCAAACCAGAGUUUGACUGCUCAAAGAUCGACGAACGAUGGUUGGAUGGCUGGAAGGAUGGGUCAUGUGACUGGUGACAUCAUUGUGACAUCAUCAUAUUUAUGGACCAAUGGAUGUCGAGAAUAUUACUUGUUAUAAAUGAUGUGGCUAUUAUACAAAGAGUACUCUGGAUGGAAUGUGUGUGGGGAUCUGUAAGCAACGGGAUUUGGACAAAGAAUGUGGAUGCAGAAACUGGAUCAAGCCAAUGGUAUAAUCAAGGAGCUUUUUCUUCAAGAGUACCGUAACCGAAGCUGUGACAUCAUAAAAAUCUAUUUUUAGAAUUUCUCAAUUUUUUUUUCAUUUAAAAAAAAAGAGCAUCAAAAAUAAUGUCUGAAUGUCG